CCUAUUCCCUAACAAUGCUUUAAAAGGCGGUCAGCAUCCGCCAUCCACGUCAACCGCAGAGUUUUCAGCCCACGUACGACUCGCCACACAUGUUUAAGAGAAUAUAACGUUGCGAAAACAAACAGCAGUCCAUUGUAAUUACCAGAUGCCAUCUCGCCAUAAUUAGACGAAAAGCGGAAAAGAGGGGGAAAGGAGAAAAAUGGAUAACUUCACUUUCAACAAGUUCGUUGCAGAUUGCAAAACCGUGACCGAGUCCACGUCAUACCUGGAGAUGUUCUCAUAUUCGGUAAUUAAUUACUUGCCGACUCAAUCAGCUACGAAUUGUCACUUCCUAUCGAUGUCCAUGACUUGCUCGCUGGCUAACCGAUCCAUGCAUUGCAUUGCACAGGAUGCCAGCCUGGAUUCGGUCGAAGAGCAUCCUCUUCCGCCUGACGAGUUUGACAAUUUCAUUCAUCGACGGGGCAUCUUUGCUUCAGCCAUCCUGCCCGAUGAUGUGCAUCCCGUUGCGGGAGUUCGAUUACUCCUCCAAAAAAACGCCCGGCACCCCGAAACCUUCAGCCCUAGGCACAUCAGCAUGGAACCGAAAGACUACAAGGCAAUGAUCGAUGGCCUACACCUCCCGCGACUGGCUAUCGAAACAACAAGCGUCGUUGGUCCGUACUUCUGGUCCGGGCUGCAUCUCGACGACGACGGGAACCAUUAUAUGCACAUGGUCUUCCGCAAAGGCGACGUGCGCAAGAAAGGCUACACUAGGGGCUGGGAGCUCAUCCUCAGCCACGAGUUCCGGACGGGCAUCACGACGGGCUUCGCCAAGGGAACCCCCUCGUCGUCGCUGUCUGACCUCGUCAACCACCUCAAGGCGUGCGGCUCCGAGCUCGGCCACGCGCUGCUGCUCCCGCUGCUCCAGUUUGGUUACGAGUCGUCGCCGGCCGUCGACGCGAAGCAGCGCGACGCGCGCCAGUGGCUGCGCCUGCUGGAGCACGCCAUCGCGAUGCGCGACGACGACCUCCUAGACAAGUCCGAUCGGUACUUAGGCGAGGGCGUCGUCGACUUCAACGCCAUCAACCGCGACCUGGUCGAGUGCCAAUCGCAGGUCCUGUGGAAGCGACCGACGAGCUACCUCUCGGUCAUCUCAUCGCUCGAGGAGACCGCGCGGCUGUUCAUGCAGAUGCUGCCCGCCGAGAGAAAGACCGUCGCCGUAGAAAAGUUCCAGGUCGCCAUGGCGUCCAGGCUCGGCCUGUAUAGGAAGAGGUGGGACGGCAUCGAGGUGUAUGCGAGCACGACGAUGCAGAGGCUCGAGAUCCAGAGAAGCGCCCUGUACAACUUGAUCGCUCAGAAGGAAAGUAAGCUGAGCCUGCAGAUGGCCGGCGAGCAGCGCAGGCUAGCCCACUCAAGCAAGCAUGAAGUAGGCGCAACAAAAGGGAUAUCACUGCUUGGCGCAGUGCUUCUUCCAGGGACCUUCCUAGCCUCUCUCUUCUCAACGUCCUUCUUCGACUUCCACGACGCCACCAGCAUGGCGUCGGCCGCGUCCCCGACAUUCUGGUUCUACUGGGCCGUAACGAUACCCCUCACGUUGCUGGUCGUGGCCCUCUAUUUCGUGUGGGAGAAAAGCCGAGAAAAACGCUAUGCGAGAGAAGACAGUGACCUGGAGUACGGCAUCGACCGGAUGGAACAGCAGAUCAUGCAGACGAUGAGAAAACGGAACUUGACCAAGGCCGCGACCUGGGAUGCGAGGGUUGAGAGAAAGACACGGCUUGCGGCCGACGAGGAUAAUGACUACGGCGCUUUCAAAGACCCGGCUGGUGCCGCGACCAAUUCCAAUACCCUGGCCGUGCCCGUCGAAUAAUUAGGGACCAAGUUUUUUAUGAGGUCUGUUCGGACCGCAGAAAACGUCAUUCCAUAGCAUGGAUUGACCUUGAGCUAAGUAGAAGAAAAAAUCUAACCACAUUCUAAGUUUCAUUUUUCCUUACUUCACCCAAAUUCUAUAUAAUUAACGUUAUAUGAGAUCAUAUACAUAGUAGUACGACUAUUAUAUCAAGGUAU